AUGGCGUCACAGAAUGGGCAUCUUGCUUCUCUUCCCGCUGCACAUGUGGUAUGCACUAUUUUUUUCUCAAUCAAGUAUCUUCUUAGACAAUAAUAUCGUCAUGUAUCUCACUUUUGCAUAUUUACUCGACAGAUUGGUAAAGCUUUUGUAGAACAAUAUUACAAUAUUCUCCGUCUCUCCCCAGAGAUGGUUCAUAAAUUCUACCAGGAUGUUAGUCUUCUUGGCCGCCCUGAUCUUGAUGGGACUAUGUCAUCAGUGACAACAAUGCAAGUAAGGUUUCCUUGUCAUCUUUUGUUUCAUAUAACGAAAAUGCUUUUGUUUUUAUUACGAUUUUUUCGGCGGACGCUUGGAUCAGAACAUGGCAUUCAUUCUAUCUUCAGUAGCGUGCUUGGCCCUUAUACUUUUAAUAGUUUUCUUCCUAACCAUUUUGUUUUCUCUCUAUACUUCUUUAAAUUUAUCCUUUUUUUUUCAUUUUCGCCGAUUAUGGAGAGAAGUUUAUCCUAUUAUUUGCAUGGGAUUGUAUGUAUGUGUGUGUGUGUGUUAACUGCUAGUUAGCCCCAUCACAUUUUCUGCUGGAUUGUUCUUCGCAGUUAUUUGAAGGACGCAUAGGUGCAAUUUAUGGACAUAAUUGCUUUGAUAGGUCACAUUCUAAAGUAAUUUCAGGGUUUGGUAAUAAAUAGUCGAUUUUUUCUACCGGUGUAUGCAUUGCUAACGUGCUUUAUUUCGGCAUGUGCUGUUCAUGAAGAUGUGUAAAGCAUAAAAUGUGUUAAUUUGAAUUGCUGUAGUUUGCUAUAUCAUUUCAUUACAGCUGUGAUUAUUUAUUCCCUUGUAAAUUCUUUCUGGAACCUCAUGUGUCAUUAUAUUUCCAUUCUUGUUGUCAAAAUAAUGUGGUGGUUGGUGCAGGGCAUUAAUGAAAAGAUUAUGUCUCUGAAGUAUGGGGAAUACAAUUUUGAGAUAGAAACUGUUGACGCCCAACAUUCUUUCAAGGAAGGAGUGAUUGUCCUUGUAACUGGAUGCCUCACUGGGAAGGCUAAUAUUCAAAAGAAAUUUACUCAAUCUUUUUUUCUUGCUCCGCAAGACAAUGGAGGCUACUUUGUCCUGAACGACGUUUUUAGGUAUGUUAGUAAAAGUCAAGCUAAGGAAGACAACAAUAUGGCAGAGAAUGCCACCCACGACUUUGCAACCAACACUCGUGCUUCACCAGAUCCAGGUGACUCAAUUGGAUCUUGCAAUUUUUUGUUACUUAUGAUUCAUGGUCAUUUGAACUCCAGUAGUUUGCCUAUACGUCAACUUGAGUCAUAGUUUGAACUUUGAACUGGUGACAGUGUCUACGAUUCCAAGUUCUGAGGACAUUGAGAAUGCUGAAGUCAACCAACUGGAAAAUCUGGGAUCAGUGGUAGAAGAGGAUCUUGGUGACAUCCUUGCUCAGCCAAGUGAACAGGAUGUUUCCCCAGUUUAUGAGGUGACAACCACUGUUCAAGAAGACGGACCUAAGAAGUCCUAUGCAUCAAUUGUGAGUUGUUGUAGCCUAGUGGAAAUUAUUUUUUCGUUGUAGACUAAAACUAUUAAUGAACGAGUAUCUUCUAGAUAUUAUUACCACAUAUUAAUAAGGCAGUUAAAGCCCUGUUAUGCGGAUGCCCCUCAGUAAGCCUUUGGUCGGAAAACAAGCCAUGGCCUGUGUACCUAAAAUGUCAGGAGAUAUUGCUGGAAAUUUAAUAAUAUUUGCUGAAAUUUAACACGGACCCAUAGGUCAGGCGAUAUUGGACUACAUAAUGUCACUCUUUUGAUGUAAAGGCAUGCUGCAUAAUUUUUUUUAGUUUUCCUGUUUUAGUCAUCAGAAAUAUGUAACAAGUUGUAACGAAUAUGCUAUAAAAUUUGCGCACAUAUAUUUGUAUUUUUUUGUCAUUAUGCUCCUAAUUCUUUACAAAAGUUGGAGAAUCUCUGGUGUCCUGCAAAUACCUUAAAUUUGAUUUCAAUCAUACAUGUUUAAUUUUCGUCAAUUACUCAUUCCAGUUGGAUUUCUAUGUUUUUAACAGGUUAAAGUUAUGAAGGGAAGCACUCCUGCUGUUUACGUGCCUACAACCAAGGCCAAAGUGGCACCCAUAAAAACUGAGAAACAAGUUCGUGUGGCAGCUCCUGUUCCUACAGUAGAAUCUGAAUCUCCCUCGAAGAACGACUUGCAGCAAGAGACAAGCAAUUCCCAAGAAGGUUUAUCAGAUAUCCUGUAAUCUUUUCGUUUCCAGUUAUAAAGCCUUUUUUCUCAUAUUACUCAUGCGACGACAGAGGAAGGGCAUGCAGUUUAUGCCCGAAACUUGCCUUUGAAUGCGACCCCUGCCCAGGUUGAAGAAGAAUUCAAGAAAUUUGGGACCAUUAAACCUGGAGGUGUUCAAGUUAGAAAUCACAGGGUCAGUUUGCUUCCAUCUAUUAAUUCAUCGGCUUCCAUUCUUUUGUGCCUUACUCUCCGCAUAAGUUUCAUUUUUCUAUGGUGUGUUUGUAUCCACAGCAAUACGGGUAUUGCUUCGGUUUUGUUGAAUUCGAAUCUGAGAGCUCCAUGCAAGCAGCAAUUGAGGUAUGACCUCGUACCCAACCUGCUUCUUCACCCCUCUCUUCUCUUUCUAUGUUUCUAUUUUAGUGGCCGUUUCUUUUCCCUCCUUUCCUGUUCUAGAGGCUUUGAAUGUCUACAUCCAGCGUUCAUGUUUGACAUUACUAAUUAA